AUGGUGGGUCGAAAAAAUACUCCCGAAUCAAAGGGCAAGUAUUGGUGUGUGGUACCAGGGUGCAAUUCCGAUUCAAGAAAGAAAAAUAAACUAGAUAAAUAUCCUUGGAUGGAGGAUGUCUCCUUUGAACCCUUCCCAACGAAACGCAAAGAGCCAAAACUUCGAGCGAAAUGGAUCACCAUGAUACGGCGCCCCAAAGAAUAUGAACCUUUAGCUCAUCACAGAGUUUGCACGAAACAUUUCGUAGGAAAUUGUCGCUCAGAAAAUCAUACAAUCCCAGAACUUUUCCCAUGGAAUAAUUACAAAUCAGUAUCUACAACAAAACCCCUGUCUAUUGAGAAGCGAGAACGAGCAAUGGAGCAAAGUGCAACAGCACCUGCAUUCCAAGACAAGGAAAACUCAGGUAUGACAAAUGUUAAUAUAUGGGCCAACCCUACAUAA